UAAUGAACUACUGCUCUUAUAUCACGUGAUGGAUGCAUGGUUCUCGUUUUUUUGGCAUGCAUAUACUGCGGAAGCAUUGUACGUUUGUUUAUCAAUGUUUCAUAAAUACUGGGCCAUCACUGAUCUUCAUCGACAUCGCGCUGUAGCUAAAGGCUAACGACUGCUAGUGCUGUUUUGGAUGAAUACAUGUAUUGCCUAAUCGAUUUCCUCACGCCGAACGGAUAGGCGACCUAUGCAUUGUUCUUACGUGUAUUUAUGUCUUACGUGACAUUGUCCGUAAUAACACUGACGGUAUUUGCUAUCGUGCACUGAAAGUAUGGCGGAUGAAACGGCAGCACUUUGCAGAGACAUUAGCAUCAAACCGCAGGACCAUGCGGACUGGAUGUCCCAGCUACCAGAGAUACUACGGGAUGAACCCCUGUACAACCUCGCUAUCCCAGGCAGCCAUGACACUAUGACCUACUGCUUGGACCUGAGUUCCCCACUGCAGGAGUCGAUGCCCCAUGCGCUGAAAGUACUGGACCGAAUUAUUCCCUGCAUCAUCCGGCCGUGUUUGUCAAAGUGGAGCACCACUCAGGUGCAGAAAAUCUCUGCCCAGCUAGACAUUGGGAUAAGGUACUUUGAUCUCAGGAUCGCCCAUAAGGAGCAUGACACCACCAAGGCCCUAUACUGUGCCCAUGGUGUUUACACUCUCCUGACAGUGAAGGACGCACUCAAGGACAUCGCAGAGUGGCUCACCUCCCACCCGAAGGAGGUGCUGCUCCUCGCCUGCUCCACGUUUGAAGGGAUGAACACAGUCCUGCACCAAGACUUAAUUCUCUUUCUGAAGAGCCUGUUCGGAAGCAAGAUCUUCCCAAGAACAUGUGAGAAACCUGCUACCCUGGCAACGUUCUGGAAGCUGGGCCACCAGGUCAUUAUCUCUUAUGAUCACUCGGCUGCCUCUGGUCACGAGGAGCUGUGGCCAAAAAUCCCGUACUGGUGGGCGAACCAGAUCGACCCUAGUGGGGUCCUCUCUUAUCUGAAGGAACAGCAGAAGGGCGGAAGGCCAGACGGAUUCUUCGUGGCAGGCCUGAACCUUACUGAAGACACCAAGUAUAUCCUCACACAUCCCUGCCAGUCCAUUAAGUCUCUGACGCUCCAGAGUUCCCCUCAGUUUUUGGACUGGGUCAAGGAGCAGUCUCCCGGACCGGGCUCCGCCUGUCUGAAUAUCAUCUGUGGGGAUUUUGUUGGCAACAGCGAUUUAGUUUCCAUUGUCAUUGACCUCAAUAACAAACUUGCCGAGAGACUGACUUCAUGAUGCAGCGCCAACCCAAUAAUAACCUGAAGUAUAGUAUUUUAUACUUCAGAAUACUUUUAAGUGGAUGUAAAGUGUAUAUCAAGAAUGAAGAGUAUACUUUUUCACACGGGAAGAUAAAUUCUACAUUUCCUGGUGGAGUUUUUGGGGCAUAGUAGGUGAGAUGGUGGUUGCAUUCAAAGUAGUUCAAAGUGCUUUAAUUCCCAGCUUUGACACAUUGGCCUUUCUCAGCCCUGCUGUUUAACACAAUGCAGAGUAAUGCUCGCCCACUCAUACUUAUAAAGGGAUAAAUGGUGUUACAAAUAGACAUCUUUGGCACAGGAAACAACUGCCAAGCUGGACGCAUCCGUAGAGCAAACCGCCUGAACACUUUCAGACUUUUUUUCAGGCUUCCCCCGUUCGUUUCCUGUCACAAGAGCAGAACUGGUGGGUUAAGACGCAGUCAGUAGUAGUAUUCUGUUGUGAUCACAGGAGUACAGUUUCUGAGCCGGAAACAGUGAAGAUGAAAACAGUUAAAAGACAAUGAAGGCUCCCUUGUUUGUUCCCUUUCAGAAGAGCAGAACUGGUGGGUUAAGAUGCAGUCAGUAGUACUAUUCUGUUAGGAUCACAGGAGUUCUGAACCGGAAACAGUGAAGACGAAGAGACAAUGAUGGUGGCAUCGCCGUGUUACUGAUAUAAAAUGAGCCCCUUUGGUUUGGACAUGCUUCGCAGCUUCAUACAGCCCUCAUUCAUAUUCUUUGUAUUAUUUAGUGAGUCCAUAAAUCAUAGGAACAAUAUUUUGACACAUCACAGCAAUAAUAAAACACUGCACUUUACUUUUCUAUUUUUAUUUAUUUAUUUACUAAAAUCUGUGAUUAAUUUGUUACUCUUGCUCCUGUCAGCAUUUCUAUCCAAGUUUACAUUCUCUUUUUUAAGUGCAUUAAGCACUGUUUGCACAUCUGUGUUGUGCUGUGCUGUGCUGUGCUGUGCUGUGCUGUGCUGUGUCGUGUCCCUACCUCCCUGUGAACCUUAAUUGUUGUCUCUGUGACUUGCUUUGUGUAUCGGUAUUUUUAGUUGGCUAGGUAAGCAGUGUUUGGAUAGUUGACUUUGGUCACUUUUGCUCUGUUUGUUUGUUUCUUUUGUUCUAAAAAAAGAAAGAAAAAAAAAGACCCUCGUCCUUGUCUUUGUUGUACAGGUAGCAGCUGAAAUUGUACUUCCCUCUAGGGUCUUUCAGCGAACUUAUCCCUGGUUAUGGGUAUGCACUUUGUUGUACGUCGCUCUGGAUAAGAGCGUCUGCCAAAUGCCAAUAAUGUAAUGUAAUGUAAUGUGAAUAUUAAUCGCUUCAUUUAUAUGUUCUUGCUCAUUGCUUCGUGUUUUAAUCGUUGUUUUCAUUGUGCCAAGUGAAAUAUAUUACUCAGUAUGAUA